CUUUUUAGUCCAGUCAGACCGAGUCCGGCGGCCGCGGCUGCUCUACCCUCCCCCGGGACGUUUCCCCCCGGGCUCUCGUCCAGUGUCUGGAUAUCGUCUGGCGGAGCUGCACUGCUGACUCCGGGAAGGAAAAGGUCCUUUUGUGGUCAACUUUUGCGGCGCCACAGCUAAUGAAGAUACGCUAGUUGAGCGAAGUGUGGCGGAGAUUAGCUCACUAAGCUAACAGCCGCAUUCAAUGAGAGGAGGAGCCGAGUGCCUCUCCGCUGCUCUGUCCGCCCCCGGACUCUACCUUCAGCCGCCUUUGGACGAGGUGUUUACGGACAGUGUUCGGAGGCCGCCGUGGAGUGCUGCAACAUGGACGAGAAAAGGCAUAAUCUGCCCAGGGGCUUGCGAUCUGUGCUGUCGUCGGUUCGGGCGGUUUGCCUUCAAUGAAUUCGCAGUUCCCCCGACCAGGCAACUACUAUGAGGCUUCCAGGACAUUUCUCCAAGGAGGUGUGUUAAAGGCUGUGGGCUCGUCGCUCUCACUCGCGAAGAAUGUCCGACUUGCAAAGCGCCAGGCCACGUUCGGGCUCGGAGGAUCCGCAGUGGCUGUGCAUGGUCACCCUGUUCGUCGCGUCCCUGGUCACGCUCGUGGUGUAUUUCGUGCAGUACUUCCGACAAAGGGGCGAGGGCAACAAGCAGCGCACAGCCGAGGGCGACGCGGCCGAGCAGGAAGCCGCCGCUCUGCUGUCGUGGGCGCUGUCACUGAGAAGCUGGAGGAGCCGCUGGAGAAGAGCCUGGUGCAGGGCUCUGAACGACGAGUCGAGGAAGCGGGGGGGCGCCCUUCUGUUGACGUUUGAGGAGGAUGAUCUGGAGGCGGCCGAGCUCACGGUCAGCCGUGUGUCCAGCUUUCAAAAGUCUUCCAGGAGCAAGGCCGCUUGCUGCAGUGUGGUUGGGGAGAGGCUCCAGUUCUCUCUCAGGGCAACAUUGUCAGCCAUGUCUACAGCAGAUCCUUCGAUAUACACAGUCUGUAUAGCUCCACUGGAGCUGAAGCUUGAUCUGCAGAUGCAAGAAGCUAAAGACGAGGUCAAGGUGAGCUGGGGACUGUCUCACCUGGAGACAGUGGAGCUGCAAGUGACACCCACUUUCACCCAGGACAACCCCAACACCUCCAGUGUAGCAGCCAUAAAGCAGCAGCUGAUGCAGCUGUUAUGUGCGACGCGCCCCUCUGUGUUGCUGAGCUGCAGGCCUGCUCAGGCCUCGGAGAUCAAGGAAGCCCAGGACCAAGUGGUAUCACCCCCCAAACCCCCCCGUGCCCACGACUGGAAGCUGCUGGUGAAAAACAUCCGGGUGACACUCAAUCAGGAGGAAGAUGCUGCAGGCAGCAUGAAUCCUCUGUGUGUACUGCAGUUAGAUGAUCCUCCGCAGAAGUUUAACACGUCUGUUUUGAAGAACACCACCAAUCUUUCCUGGGACCAGCCGUUUAUUUUUGAAUUGAAUGGACGAUCGAAAAAGCUCAAUAUUCACUUGAUGAAUGAUGGACAACCUCAAGAGAAUUCCUUACUAGGUCAGGUGUCAGUGCCUUUUGAUCUUGUAAAGAAACACCCCAAAGGACAGCAAACAUUUGCACUCAUGACCAAAGACACGUCGACUGGAUCACUUACUACUGAGUUUACCUACCUGGAGCCCAGCGAGGUGCGGUCCUGGCAUCCGCCGACCCCAGCUUCCAAUAAGAGGGUGGAGAUGGACCGCACGGUCAUGCCUUGUGGCACGGUGGUCACCACCAUCACCGCAGUGAAGAGCAAGCCAAGUCGACCACUCCCACUUGGUCUCAACCUAGAUCCUACCCAGAAAGCUGUGAUCAAGCCCAAGCUGUCUGAGCGGCGUGUCUCCGAGCAGGCGUCUAUGUUGGGGGCCACAGUCAGCAAGGCCUUGUCCUCCUCUGACACCGAGCUGCUCAUGCUUAACGGCACGGACCCGGUGGCCGAGGCCGCCAUCAGACAACUCCACCAGUCUGCCAAGCAGAAGCUCAAGUCCCCGGUGAAGAAGAGUACCAUUAUCAUCUCUGGCAUCACCAAAACAGCCAUGUCUCAGGACGACGAGCUAGCUUUGAUGGCGGGCUACGCUGCAGCGAUGGACGCCUCGAUGUCAGAGAGCAGCUCCACUCAGGAUGUGACCAUAGCGAUUGCAUCGGGGACCAGUAGCCCUCCCGAGGUGUCGGAGCCCCAGGAAGGCCCCAGUGGAAUGGGCCGGCCCCCAGAAGACUGGGAGAGCCAGACAGGAGAGGAACUAGACCAUACCUCGCUAUCCAUGUGUGUGUCUGAGGCGAACUGCAAGAAGAGCAGAGGCAGCUUCCUACAGAAGAGUGCCAAGCUCUUCUUCCGGCGGCGUCACCAGCGCAAGGACCCAGGGAUGAGCCAGUCCCACAAUGACCUGGUGUACCUGGAGUCUCCAGCCGCAGUAGAGCGCGCUAGCCGAACAGCCACGCUCAGCCGCAUGCUCAGCCGCAAGAGUAAGAAUAAGAGUAAAGCCAACGGCUCUACCUCCGCAGGGGAGCCACAUGCGUGAGCUCCCACCCUCUUCUCACCUCGGUCCCCUCCCACAACAACAACAACAACCAUAACCACCUCCAUCUCAAACUUGCACUGGCAAACUUCCUGGCUAACAACCCCCCCCCCCCCAAAUGACCAACACGCACACUAGGGCUCCUGGAUUUGUGAGUGAGAGCGUGCAGAUGGAAAAAUAUCCUCUUUUAUUGACAUAUCCUGCUCAUGUGCUUCCUAUAAGAAGCAGAUGUUCCACCAAAAGCAAAUGUGUGCACGUGUGGAUGACGAUAUUCUGUCCUGGAUUGAUGGCAUUCCAGAGGAUAUGAUUUUGCAUGUUUCUUUUAUUUGAUUUUAUGCAACACUUUGAAAUAUUUUAAGUGCUUUUGUGGCCUUGUUCCGGACAGACGGGCCUGGUGUAGGCCAUCACUCUUUACCUCACUGUAGGUAGAGGGUAAGCUCUCCCUGCUGUCAACCGUAAAGUUUCCUACGGUGGAGCAACGGGACCAAAGAUGAAGAGCAGAGUGGUAUUUGUAUGAUUUGCACAAUUUUCGAGCAUUUUUUUCAAAGUGCAAUGACAGGAGCUGCUCUUGUGAUAGACUCUUCUUAAGGUCUGAGUCAUGUUGACAACAUUCACAAAGGGAGAUGGUCUUUUUACCCCAUGACUAGUGCAAGUGGGAGAUUGUGAUACUACUUUUUGACACUAAGAAUAUGAAAUAUGUUAUUUAAAUCAAGCAUCCAACACGUUACAUUGUCCAAUUCACUUAAAAUGCUUGUAAUAUGAUCCCAAAUCGAUAACAGACAGCUGUUAUUUGCGUAUAAAAUCUGUAAGACAAAGUUAUCCAGAAAACGCGAGCCUUGUGUUUAACAGAGAUAUCAACACCAGUCGUUACAAGUUUGGUAUGUUUGGCUUGUGCAGAGGUCGUGUUAUCAGGCCCCACCAGCUCCGAAAACAAACAGAGACACUGUGGCAAACCUUAAACUUUAAAUAUAUAGAUUGAUGAAUAUAUUAUAGUUACUCCCCUCUGCAGUGUUUUUAAAUGAUAUGCAACUUGCGUCUUCGUCUUCCCCAAUGAUUCCUCCUGUACAUUCUUUUUAUCAGCGGGAUUGUAAAUGUGUCAAAAGGGAACAGAAUGAACCUUUAUCUUGGGACUGUGAUGCUACACUCGGCCAUAUUGCUGCAUUACGCACUAAUGAACUUAUUCUAUGCUCAUAUCAAUCCUGCAGUGAAAUCCUUCUUUUUUCAUUUAAUGUUUUAUCAUUUUUUUAAAGAUGUAGCUUUGAACACAUGAACAAGAGAAAGUGUGAACAUGUUUGGGAGCAACCAAAUUGUUUUGGCUGCUUUUUUUUUUUAUUAUCCAGCUAAUGAUUGUAUUUUUUAUUUUAUUUUUUUCUGUACAUCCUGUACUACUGUUUCUCCAGUAAGUCAAUGUGCUCAGAGAAGGGAUGCAGCACAGUGACGGACAGAAUCAACAGAUUGCCUUACAGAUAUUCUGCGGAUGUUGCCACGGACGGCUGGUCUCUAUGCUUGUUCCUUGACUCAGUGUGACUUUUUUGGUCCUGAGGCUGGAUCCACCAUCGGAGAACUGAGGGGCCGCAGCGCGUGGGAAUAUUGUGCCACCGUGUUCCUGCACCAUCAGCAAUGUCUAUAAUCAAGAGCCUAUGCACGUAUCUGUUAACUGAGUGUUUUCAUUAUUGAGACUAACUGAGAAUUAAAAACAAUUACUGUUCGUGACAGCGCUCUCCUGCAGACACAGCGUGUUGUCUUUGUAUUUCCAUGGUUGAGCUGUGAUCUCUCAUCACCUGCUCUCUUCCACCCUCACUGACAGUAGUCCAUCUAUAAAAAUACAUAAAAGUUCAAAUUCAGGCUUAAUACUAUUCUGUAACCAUAAAACGGGUCCUUUUAAUUGUGCUCCGCAUCAGAGUCCUUCUUUAAGGGUUUGUGCUAGCAGUGGCUACAGUUCAGUGAGCAGCAGGGCUGAAUGUGAUUAAUAAACUGCUUCCUGACGUUUUCUUUACUGGCUUCUGUUCUUGUGCACAGUGACCGACUGACUUGACUGUUGCUACAGAACGUCAGUCAGUUCCCUGCAGCGAUUGCAGCUAAUAUACAUAAGAGUUAUUUCCUUUUCAGCAAUAAAUAUUGAUUGAAUAUCUGA